UUAUGGACGCCAUGGCAGCUCAUGCUAGCGAGCUCGAGAUUGCAAAGAAGAAUUUAACUGAUGCAAUUGGCGAUAAUGUCAAGCAUUACUGGGCGAACCUGAAGCUUUGGUUCAAACAAAAGAUCAGCAAAGAGGAGUUUGACAUUGAGGCACGUCGUCUGCUGGCUCAGGAGAAUGUCCAUAUUCACAACGAUUUUCUCCUGGCCAUCCUCACACGCUGCCAGAUCAUCGUCUCCACACCUGAGGGCGCAGGGCCGUUACAAUGGCAAGGUGGCUCUGCUUCAAAGCCUGGGAAACCAAAAGGAAAGAAGAAAUGUUCCUCCAGACAGAAAUUUGAUCAUCGCUUCCAGCCUCAGAACCCCCUGAGCGCCGCCCAGCCAUUCAGCCCCCGCGAGGUGGGGGGUGAGGAGGAGGAGCUGCGCCUCAGUGCCCACACCCUGCUGCUGCCCACGCGGGGCCAGCUGGAGGCCCGCAUGAUGGUGACGGCCUUCGAGCUGGGCCUGGACAACAUCACAGAAGACGCCGUCAGCAGCAUGACCCACGCUGUCGAGCACCACUUGAAAGACGUCCUGACUGCUGUCAUCACCCGGAGGAAGGCGUACAGGCUACGAGACGGACGCUUCCCCUACGCCUUCGGGAGUGAUGUCACGCCGCAGCCAUAUUUAAAGAACAGCCUCGCUGCUUACCACAGCGUCACUGAAUGUCCCCCUCCAAGUGCUUCCCUCCCUGCUGGCCCGCCCCCUCAGGUGUCACCUGAUGACGCCGAGCAACAAGCUGUUCACUUAUUGGCUUGUUCUGCUGACAAUUUCCCCGCGCCCCUCCCUCCAAUCAACAUGUUUGAUCUCCUCGAGGCUUUACAGGUUCACCACGGUGUGAUGCCCUCCCACACCAUGUACGCCCUGAACAUGGAGCGCAUCCUGUCGCGGCUCUGGCACCCGAGCCACGAGGAACUAGAGCAGGACCAUGUCCACCGGCAGCGCCUCGCCGCCAAGGAGGGCCUGCUGGUCUGCUGAGAGCCUCUGACAGGACUGUGUGUGAACUGUGGGUGUCAUCAGGAACCAAACACAUUGAAUCCCAUCAUGGAAAUGGAUGGGAAACAUUGUGUCAUUUUUUGUACAAUACCUGGAAAAUCACAUCCCUGUUGCACAAAGGGAUGAAGCGCGAUUCGAGCAAGAUGAAACAAAACCUGUUGGACAGUGGACACAGAUUUGGUCUGGCAAAUUAUUUUUCCUUUGUUCUUCCAGCCAUAUUGGCAGUUAACCAUCAUUUGAAACGGUUUUAUAGUGAGAAACUGAUUCUGUGGAAAAUGUAGGAUCUUCCAUCGGCUACAAGCAGUGUUAAUGACUUGGAGCACCACAACAUAGGCCUGUCACGAUAAAUACUUUGUUGGAUGAUAUAUUUUCCCGGAAAUAAUUCCCAAAACUGAUAUAACUGAAUAAUUCAUGCCACUGAUAUAAUAAUAUAAUAACAUAAUGCUUCCGAAAGCCAAAAACAAUUUAAGUAUAUUCAGGCAUCAGAAGGUGAACAAAUAUUUAAAUAUUAUGAAUAAAUGAAAGAAUAUUAAACAAAAAACGCUCAACCACGUACUACGUAAAAUAGACCUAAUGAGCAAUGUCUGCGUUAUUGAAAACAAACGUGCAUGUAAACAAUACCGGCAAUAUCAAAGAAUUGGCAAAAAUGAUCAAACUAAUGUCAGAAUAUCUUACGACAAGCCCAUAACGGUAAUAUUAUUGAGGUCUUAAACAUAUAUUGUUUGUUUAAUAAUAUGUCGACGAUAACAUAAUUAUCAUGACAGGCCUACAACUACCGUUAGAAUAUGUCCUUUCAAACAAAGAACACUCAAGCUUUGUGUACAUCAGGUAAAAACAUUAAAAAAAAUAUAUAUCACCCUGUACAUUACACGCAGCUGUUUUCACUUGUUUUGGCUGAUUAGGCCUCAACUCAGGUUAAAGCGGGAGACAGCGCUUUAAUGGGAGUAAGGUGAGGUCCCCUGACUCGAUGCACCAAUUGGAACGAUGCAAAUUUAAAUUGUUCCGCCUUGCAACAGGUAUGUCAAUCAAGCGCUGUCAGCACAGGAUUAUUGGAGAGGUCUAAUCAAGACAUAAGUGAAAACACCUGGGUAGGUUCAUUGUGGGUGUGUGGGGCUCUUAAAGGGGAAUACUGCAUAGAUUUAAAUUUACAAUUUUUCUUUUUUCUAAAGCCAAGGAAAAUGGUAUUAAUAUUCAUCAACAUGAGCUACUUUCUCAAAGCCAGAAACCAGAGAGGUACAUCUCAAGCCUGGUGAUGUCAUCAGGUGGAUGAUGUCAUCAAGGAUAAAGUCUAUAGUCACUCCAUAGGAAAUGAAUAGGAGACUGGUUUUCUGGACCCAUUCAAUGUUUAUUUUAUUUUAUUUUAUUUAAAAAAUAGUUUAAUUCUAUCGUACUGUUCUCAGUUGUGAAACAGAAAAUGUCCCCUGGGUGCUCCUAAUGUGUCGUCUAUAACAUCUUCCACAAUUCAUUUUCCAUGGAGCAUGUUUACUAAUAUUUGUUGACCUUUUUGUCAUAACACUCGCCCCUCAUGAAUACACUUUUUUUUUUUUUAAAUGUCUUUAAAGUAUUCCUAAAGCAUUUACUGGUGUCUGGUUUAAAGGUCUGUGUGCAUCCAUCAGUGUUGGUCCACAAUGUGUAUGCAGAUGAAGCUAGAUUUUUUUUGUUAUUUCAGUGCACUUGAAGAUGUCUCAUUGCCAUGUUAGUGGGCAGCAUCUAGUUCAGGUUGUAUAUACAUUUGUACCUUUUCUUUUCUACUAAAACCUUAUUUUGUAACUCAACUACAGUGCAGAAAAUAAAUAAAUCUCAUUUUUGUACAAGUA